AUGACCAGUCACAUCAUCGGACAAAGCUGCUUCAAGGUGAAGCUGAGUAUCUCCUUUCCUGACACUGGCUUCCAGAAACUCAUUGAAGUGGACGAUGAACACGAACUCUGCACUUUUUAUGAGAAGCGUAUGGCCACAGAAGUUGCUGCUGACGCUUUGGGUGAAGAAUGGAAGGGUUAUGCAGUCCAGAUCGGUAGUGAAAACGACAAACACGGUUUCCCCAUGAAGCAGGGUGUCUUGACCCACGGCCGUGUCCGCCUGCUACUGAGAAGGCAAACAUCUCUGGCUUCCUCAAACCAGAUGAUGCAGGAAGAAGCUGGUGUGGGUGGUCAGGGGAGCCGGUCAGAUGAUGGAGGCGUGCGGCUGGGAGAGGGCAAAGGCCCGGCCCCUCCAGGGGUCCUCGCGGGGCGGCGGGAGGGACCAGAGGGCGUGGGGCCCAGGGCUCCGAGGCGGGCAGUCCCGGGCGUCCCCCCAGCUGCCCUUGGUCCUGCCCCGGCCACGCCCAGCCCGGCGCGCCGCGCGACGACGGAGAACAGCGCGCUGCAGCUGCAGGUGACGGAGCGCGAGGAGGUGCGCGGCCGCGAGCUCACUGGCCUCAAGGCGCUCUACGAAACCGAGCUGGCCGACGCGCGACGCGCGCUUGACGACACGGCCCGCGAGCGCGCUAAGCUGCAGAUCGAGCUGGGCAAGUUCAAGGCAGAGCACGACCAGCUGCUCCUCAAUUAUGCUAAGAAAGAGUCCGAUCUUAGUGGAGCCCAGAUCAAGCUUCGCGAAUAUGAAGCCGCGCUGAAUUCUAAAGAUGCAGCUCUGGCCACUGCGCUUGGUGACAAGAAAAGCUUAGAGGGAGAGUUGGAGGAUCUGAAGGACCAGAUUGCCCAGUUGGAAGCCUCUUUAGCUGCUGCCAAAAAACAGUUAGCCGAUGAAACUUUACUUAAAGUGGAUUUGGAGAAUCGUUGCCAGAGCCUCACUGAGGACUUGGAAUUCCGCAAAAACAUGUAUGAAGAGGAGAUUAAUGAGACCCGAAGGAAGCAUGAAACACGCCUGGUGGAGGUGGAUUCUGGGCGUCAGAUUGAGUACGAGUACAAGCUGGCUCAAGCCCUUCACGAGAUGAGAGAGCAGCACGAUGCCCAAGUGCGGCUGUACAAGGAAGAGCUCGAGCAGACUUACCACGCCAAACUCGAGAAUGCCAGACUGUCCUCAGAGAUGAAUACUUCUACUGUCAACAGUGCAAGGGAAGAACUGAUGGAAAGUCGUAUGAGAAUUGAGAGCCUUUCAUCUCAGCUUUCUAAUCUACAGAAGGAGUCUAGAGCAUGUUUGGAAAGGAUUCAAGAGUUGGAGGACAUGCUUGCUAAAGAAAGAGACAACUCUCGUCGCAUGCUGUCUGACAAAGAGAGAGAGAUGGCGGAAAUCAGGGAUCAGAUGCAGCAGCAGCUGAACGAUUACGAGCAACUUCUUGAUGUGAAGUUGGCCCUGGACAUGGAAAUCAGUGCUUACAGGAAACUGUUAGAAGGCGAAGAAGAGAGGUUGAAGCUCUCGCCAAGCCCGUCCUCCCGUGUCACAGUUUCCCGAGCAUCCUCCAGCCGCAGUGUGCGCACGACCAGGGGAAAGCGGAAGAGAGUCGAUGUGGAGGAAUCCGAGGCGAGCAGCAGUGUUAGCAUCUCUCAUUCUGCUUCCGCCACUGGGAACGUCUGCAUUGAAGAGAUCGACGUCGACGGGAAAUUUAUCCGCCUAAAGAACACUUCCGAGCAGGAUCAGCCAAUGGGAGGCUGGGAGAUGAUCCGAAAAAUUGGAGACACAUCAGUCACUUACAAAUAUACCUCAAGAUAUGUGCUGAAGGCCGGCCAGACAGUUACAAUUUGGGCUGCAAAUGCUGGUGUCACAGCUAGUCCUCCCACCGACCUCAUCUGGAAGAACCAGAACUCUUGGGGCACUGGUGAAGAUGUGAAGGUUAUCUUGAAAAAUUCUCAGGGAGAGGAGGUUGCUCAGAGAAGUACAGUCUUUAAAACAACCAUACCUGAAGAGGAAGAGGAGGAGGAAGAAGCAGCUGGAGUGGUGGUUGAGGAAGAACUUUUUCACCAGCAGGGAGCUCCGAGAACAUCCAAUAGGAGCUGUGCAAUCAUGUGAAGUCGCAGCCAGCCGUCCUCCUCAGAGUGCAGGAGUCGGUAGCCCUUACCUGUAUACAGUGCAGAGCCUUCUCAGAAGCACAGAAUAUUUUUAUAUUUCCUUUAUGUGAAUUUUUAAGCUGCGAAUCUGAUGGCCUUAAUUUCUUUUUUGACACUGAAAGUUUUGUAAAAGAAACCAUAUCCAUACACUUUGUUGCAAGAUGUGAAUCAUUGACACUGAAUUAACUGUGUACUGUUCGGAAAGGGUCUCUCAAAUUUUUGACAUUUUUUUUGUAUGUGUGCGUGCGUGUGCGUGUGUGUGCGUGCGUGUGCGAGCGUGUGUAUUUUUU